AUGUUGGAAACAAUAAAAACUUCUUUUUUGGAUUUUGUCAAACAAUUUAAUUUUUUUUGUCAAUUGAAAGCAGAUAAGGAAAUGCUAAAUUUGAAGGAUUAUUUUGACAAACUUUUUGUUUCAGUGGAUAAAUUUGAGUAUUCUUUGUAUAAAUUUGUCGAUGAAUUGAAUUUGAAUAGGUUAAUUAUGGAGAAAUUUAAAAUGAUUGAGUCAAAUGGUAUUUUUGUAAAUAUUGUUUUUAAUUAA